GUUCUGCCCGACAGAGUGACGCCAGCGUCAGGCAAGUGGGAGGCGAGGAGUACGCCGUUGUUUUGGAGCGCUUUAAAACAAAAAUAACGUCUGUUUAAACACGGUUUGCCGUGGAACACUACUGUCUUUACACUUCACCCGGUGGCCGCCCCAAAGGACCCGCCCCAAAGGACCCGCCCCAAAGGACUUAUCCCAAAGGACCUGUCCUGUAUGGAAUAACUAGCGGUCAGUGUGGGCGGACGACACCGACCAGAGGGGACGUUCUCCUGGACGCUGGCCGGCCUUCAGUAACUGAGAACACAGAGCCCUUCCAGGGAGGAGCCAGGCCUGUCAAGCCCCGCACCCUAGAUUGUCCUCAGGAUGAACGUGACGUCGCUCUUCUCGUUCACCAGCCCGGCGGUGAAGAGGCUGCUGGGGUGGAAGCAGGGCGACGAGGAGGAGAAGUGGGCGGAGAAGGCGGUGGACGCCCUGGUGAAGAAGCUGAAGAAGAAGAAGGGAGCGAUGGAGGAGCUGGAGAGAGCCCUCAGCUGCCCCGGACAACCCAGUAAGUGUGUGACCAUCCCUCGAUCUCUGGAUGGGCGUCUCCAGGUGUCCCAUCGUAAGGGCCUCCCCCACGUCAUCUACUGCCGGGUGUGGCGCUGGCCGGACCUGCAGUCCCACCACGAGCUCAAGGCCCUGGAGUGCUGUGAAUUCCCCUUUGGAGCCAAGCACAAAGAUGUCUGCAUAAACCCCUACCACUACAAGAGAGUGGACAGCCCUAUGCUGCCUCCUGUUUUAGUUCCUAGGAACAGUGACCUCACAGCACGGCCUGGGAUGCAGCCCCGUUACCAUGGCGCCAUUGACCAGAAUGAGCCGCUCAUGCCCCACAAUGCCACCUUCCCCGAAUCAUUUCCUCCAGGCGGUGGAGGCAACGGAGGCUUGGCAUUUCCUUGUUCCCCUGGCAACAGUUACCCCAGUUCGCCUGGCAGCGGGUCUUCCAGUACCUCUGCCUUCCCCCACUCACCCCUCAGCUCGGACCCAGACAGCCCCUUCCACGUCCCGGCCGACACCCCGCCCCCGGCCUACAUGCCUCCAGACGAUUCGCUGACCCAAGACUGCUCCCAGCCAAUGGACACCAACCUCCUCCCCAUACCAACGGGCCUGGAAAUCAACAACAGACCAGAUGUCCAGCCCGUAGCCUAUGAGGAACCAAAACACUGGUGUUCCAUAGUCUACUAUGAGCUGAAUAACCGUGUAGGCGAAGCAUACCUGGCAUCGGACUCAAGUGUUCUGGUUGAUGGCUUCACCGACCCCUCCAAUAACCGCAACCGCUUCUGCCUGGGCCUGCUGUCCAAUGUCAACCGCAACUCGACCAUAGAAAACACACGGCGACACAUUGGCAAAGGGGUCCAUCUCUACUAUGUGGGUGGGGAGGUGUACGCUGAGUGUCUGAGUGGCAGCAGCAUCUUCGUCCAGAGUCGGAACUGUAACUAUCACCAUGGUUUCCACCCCACCACUGUCUGCAAGAUACCCAGUACCUGCAGCCUGAAGAUCUUUAACAACCAGGAGUUUGCCCAGCUACUUGCCCAGUCAGUAAACCACGGCUUUGAGGCCGUCUACGAGCUCACCAAGAUGUGUACCAUACGCAUGAGCUUUGUCAAGGGCUGGGGUGCGGAGUACCACCGCCAGGACGUCACCAGCACCCCCUGCUGGAUAGAAGUGCACCUGCAUGGCCCCCUUCAGUGGCUGGACAAGGUUCUCACCCAGAUGGGCUCCCCCCAUAACCCCAUCUCCUCCGUGUCCUAACACACACACACACACACAUACUUCCUCCGUGUCUGUACAAGCACACCUUAAACACACACACACCCAUCUACAUUCUGUCCUACUGAGGACGACAUCUAAUCGCUCUGACCAAGCUGGACAGUCAGCACUAAAGACACUUAUCCGUUAAUGAGUAGCACCGCCUCAUCUCCAUCAAGACUGACCCUCGACCUCAGUCACGAAGUACACAGCCCCCUAAACCCUACGCCCUUCAGUUGUUUUCAAUCGUCACGUGUGUGUUCACUCAUAAGUACACACUUGCUCAAGAGAACAGUGAUUGAAUUAGCUAAGUCGCUACAGAGUUCAUUAACUAGCUACACACUUCACAAGGAGUCUGACAGUAAGUUAGUCGUGUUGAUUAAGUUUCAUAAUUCACAGCCACCGGUGUUACACGCAUGACUACAGUUUGCAUUCAAUUGUGUGGGUGAGAUCAACCCUGCAAGUGAGCUAAGCUGUUCACCCAUCCCCUGUACGGAGGGGGCAGCGUUUGUAAAUCACACUGGCACUGAAGGCUGCAAUUGAAUGCAUCCAGCAUGGCUGUGGAUUCCCCCGAGGGGAAAGGAGCUAGGGCUUAAGGGCAGUCUACUUUGCGAUUUGACUCCAGCUCAGAUCAGUGCUGAGCUGGAGCACUGAUCUGAUGGUAAUUGUCGCUCGACUACUUUUGCCUUACCGUUAUUACCGUUAUGAACCCACCGCGGUCAUGCUCACGUCUUUAUAUCGAGGGCGUUUCCUUCACUCUGCACCAGCGGACCCUGGUCAGAAUUAGGGUACUUCAAAAGGGGACUCAUUUGUGACUCGGGCAGUAGUGCACUUCUGCCCUCUGAAACGGAACCCCAGAUCCUUGUGAAGAGCACUGCUUUUGACCAGGCUAGAAAACUCACAAGUUGAACGCGGCAUGUGGUUAAAACUACAACCGGUUAGCUAGUGGGACCUCAGUAUGUAAACCUGUGUUCGGUUAUGGAUAUCCGUCGUCUUGUCUCAUGUUAGCUGUACAGAAAGGGGACAGAGAAUACAUUCGGGGAG